GGCUAACUCGGCUAUGGAGUUGAUAAAUGAGACAAUCACAAUCUCAUGUUACGCUGACUAGUAAACAAAAAAUGUCGCACUUCUCCCCGUUUGCUGACUUCACUUCGUUAUACGACCUUGGCCCUCAGAAUUUCUAUUUUGCGGCCUCCGCAGACGGCAUUGCGUGGUUCCAGACGCGUGGAGGACACAGUGCAAAUGCUGGACCAUCAAUAUUUCACAAGCACGACCGGGGAAAGACCGAGGACGGUGGUAUCGACCUCUAUUGUUCAGAUUUGAUCCCUCCUGGAGGCGGUACUGGAGUAGUUGGCCAACCACGUACCUGCAGUUUUCCCCGUCGGAUUUUAUCUGGUUUGCACCUAGCACAUGGCCCUCCAGUUUGGACUAGCGAUGGUGGGCUUGCUGCAGCCGCAGAUGGUCAGUUGUUCUUGUUUCAGGGAGAGCAGGGUAACGUCAACCUUGUUGAAGGGACAAGUACAACUACUUCAUUCGAGACUUCUAUUAAGGGUAGGUUAAAGGUGCUUUCUUACCGCUUUUUAUGCCUCUCUCCCUUAGGAGGAGGAAGGCAUCACAAGCGGGGGAACCCGCGAGCACCAAAAACCUACCUCUAAUUCUACCACUUUACCAACAAUCCUAAGCUUCCCCGGUUUCGACUUUGUAUCCUCGCAAUGUUGUCUAGCAGCAGAUCGAGAUGGACGCUUAGUGUUUGCUUUGCGGAGAAAACGUUCAGAUGGACGAUCCUCAACUACAGCAACUACGGAUGUAAUCGUUGUGUUGGACCCGAGACCGAUAUUUGCUGCAGUUGCCGCUGAGUCACGACAAGCUCGUGACGAAGAGAAUGGGGACGAUAGCACAAUAAGCUUGGAAACCUUACAACGCUACCUGCCGAUACAGCGAUCUAGAAGGCGGACCUCUGCGUCAUCAUCGUUGUAUGCCGUUAUUUCGACUUCGGCAGUCGAGUCUCAAUAUGCGUUUGAUUUGCUGUUUAUGGCCACCAUUGACUCCGUUGUCAUACUAAAAGGAGAAGUUCUCUUUCACCUUAUUCUUGGACGAGACAGGUAGACUUUUCAAACCCCAAAGAACUCUGUGAUCAACAUCUCACGAGGACCUCACAUCAUCUUCUUCCCUUUUUCAUACUCUUGGAUCUUGUUCCGCAAUUGUCGGCCUCGCAAUCUCUUUUCUGCUUCGAGUUCGGGGAGCAUGAAGAGAUCGAUUGCGUUGACCUUUGCGCGCCUCCAGGACCCGACUCUAGUCCUGGGGAGCGUCAAAGUCUAUCAGCCAGCAACCGCACGCACAACUGGCGCGCACUAUGCGUCGUGCGAGAACCAAACGGGUUCUCAGCAAGGAUGGCGGUCUUCGAGAACGCGUUGGCAAGUGUUGUUGAAAACGAAGGAUCACAGUCUCCAUCUAGAGGAUCGAUUUCACCGACGAAAAGUGCGAAAAACGACAACAGUUCGCCUCAAAAGCGAAUGAUCUCCACGAAUGACACCGCUGGAGGUGGUAGCUGUGCUAUCGAUAGCGUCUAUGCGUCAUUGGCGAACGGGGAUUAUUCCGUGUUGCUGGAGGAGCCGACUGUAAUACGAGAAAACUUGGACUUGUUUGGGUGUCGGAAAGACAUGUUUUCACAAGCAGUGCUGCUAGAGAGUGGAUCCUCCAACUCGAGAAGUGGUUCAACGUCCUCAUCGUCAGCCAAUGCCGACUCGAGUAAAAAGUGUCUCCAGUACUGUGAGUACGCGCGUCCUAGUGCCAAGUGGCUGGGUCCUGCGAAGAUUGCGGUGUUGAUGACUGUUGACGACAAAUACGGGAUGUACACCUCGGGGGUGUUUCCUUUCGUCUUCUUCGAACCCAAAUGGCGCAGUCAGUCUUCCUACAUGAUUAAGGGUUGAAUUUAACAUUUCAUUUUUACAAGCCUUAUGUACUAGAGAUAGCUACUAGAAAGUGAAAUGUUUCAACCUUUAACAUGAGAUCCUUGGACACCUUUUCCGGAGACAGCCUCCAAAGCGCAUGGAAAGUGACUCGCCUUGCCAGUGCUUACGCAACCUCAUCAGCCGUAGACAUGCAUCAAGUUUGUGCAUCUGUUGGUGGACCAUCAGGGUUACUUGAUGGAUCUAGUGGCGGAGGGUAUUCGCAAGCGUCAACGUGGACAACGGCAUCUUCUGGAAAUGUAGGAGUACUUUCCGCAGGCACUGGCAUUCCACUUGGAGGAGGACUUUCUUCUCGUGCCUUGAAAACAGCAAAGGAUAUGCGAUCCUCAGCUUUUCCGAACCCUUGGAAUUACACCUACAAGAAUGUCGUGCCGGAAUUGUUUUUAAGGCUUGAAGGCUUCAAGGUUUAAAACAACGUGAACCAACAUACAUCUAGAACUAGAGCCUCGUAGAAUAUAAUUGGUCCUCGCAUGUCGAAACAGCUCACAAACUCGAUUUGCAAUAUCUAUCCUCGUUCACCACGACCUUGUUCGUUGGAAGAUUCGUAGUAGUAAAUGAAAUCAUCAACUGACGACCCCAUAAUUUUGUCUAAUUUCCGGAGAGUUUGAAGCAAAUUCUUUCGUGGUGUAUCAAGACGCACAGGGUGUGUGGCACGCGAUUCUUUCUCGCGCUGGCUCGGCUGGAAAGUUGCCGAAGAACGCUCAAACUGCGGUUUGUCCAGACGACGCACGUUUUCAUGACGAGCUUUGGACAUUGAAUUUCGACAGAAGUCUAACCAUCCGCAUCCCUGGAACGAAGGACCUGAUCGGAGCGGUCGUGCCCCUAUUCGCAGAGCCAAGUGCUGCAGAUAAUCCAGCCAAUAGUAGCCCGAAAAGCCGUCGCGGAUCCGGUCAUCUUGCAUCCACCGGUUUUGUGUCGCCUCCAGGACAGCAGCAGCUACCUGGGAUGGUUGCGACUUCACCACAGCAUGCUCUCAGUCCACAGAAGACUGCAGCUAAUGGGCCAGGAGGAAACAUGGCAGAGUCGGGAAUGAUUCUGUUGUUCCAUUCUUCACCCUAUCACUCGGGAGACGUCUACUGUGUCUGCAAUAGCACGAACACGGGAGCAGCGAACUUCGUGCCGACUUACCUUAUGGGAGAGAGCUUGAUUGCAUGCAAGCUUCUAGUUCGUUAUUUUUGAUCUGCUUGUUUCAUAAGAAGUGCUUGUACUGAGUAAAUUUCUUUCUCAAGGGCAUGUUGCACACUCAGAUGCAUACGCCUAGUUAGAUGAAGGUGAAGGUCGUGAAGCAGAUCAGGGGUCUCCACAUGACUCCCAUCACCACUUCUAAUCACCGCCUAACCUCUCUUGGGCGCCGCACAGUGCACAAAGUAAGCGUACCACGAUGCUUGAGCAUUCCAGCACCGUCACGAGAUGGGGAACGAGUGCCAUGUUUGGUCUAUCUCCCGGAAACGGUGGAAUGUAUCAAAGAGGGCGUCACCCGAACCUCCAGUGGCACAUUAGAAGAAACGGCGUCUCCAAGUACAUGAUGCUAAAUGAACUCUUUCAUGUCGUGGUUUUCUUGCUUCAUAGUGAGCAUACUCUUUCAUGUCGUUUUGGUUCAUGAUAAGCAGCAUAGACAUACUCAUACAUAAUGCUUGCUUAAUAUGAUUCUGCUUUGUUGCUGUAACUUCAUACAACAACUGAUCGACUUUCCUUUUUAUCUGCACAGGCAGUAAGUCGCGUUCUCAAAGACUCCCGAAACGUGAAUAUCCUGUUGUUCUUUGGCUCCACGGCGGACCAAAUAGUCACUUCCGUUUCGACUGGCUGCCGACUUCGCCUAAUGCCUUCGGUUUUUCAACACUAGCACGCACUUGGGGACCGGCACACUUGGGACCAUGGCUGGCUCAACAUGGGUUUAUCGUAGUGAUGCCAAAUUUUGUAGGUGGAACAAGGUAUGGCCUGAGGCGGUUUCUAGCUAGUUGGGGCGCAAAACGGUUUGGGACUGCUGAUCGAGAAGAGAUACUGGAUAUAGGUAGGUAUUUUCGAACAAGACAAGCGGCAGUAGAUGUAUUUGGCGAUGCUGGGUGUGCAGAGCAGUCUUUCUCACGCGCCAUCGGUCUCAUGGGUCGUAGCUGUGGUGGCUACCUGACUCUCCGUUGCGCCCAGCAUCGUGAGAUCACGGCUACAGGUGCAUUUACUUCUAGUGGCAGUGGGGAAAAAGUUGCGACAACGCAGGGAGGAAGUUUUCGAGCGUUUCCUAGUGUCUUUCAAUGCGCUUUGGCAUUUUGUCCGAUAACGAAUUGGAUCUUGACUAACUCCACCAGCGGCGACCCACGCGAUGCAGCUUUAAUGAGCGGAUUUUUGAGUGCGAGCAGCUGCCAACCUCUAGCAGCCACUAGACAAGCAGCGUUGGCUAUCAGUCCAGCCUUUAGUGACGUGCCCUUGCAGAUGCCAUUAAUGUUGCUGCAUGGCACGAAUGAUAAAGUGGUUUCCUGGAAAAACGCAGACGAAUUCGAAGAGAAGGUUUUGGCAACGCAUAAAGGCGGAUACAGGGCAUACAAGUUUGAUCCUGGUGCUAAGAGCGGCGGAUCGCACUUGACGUUGGAAAGAGAGACAUUCGCGUCGAAAGGUACUCCUUUUUCAGUUGCGUUUUGUUCUCGUGACGCUUUGUUCGUUAAUUUUGUGAAGAGGAUCUUUAUCGCAGAUGAGAUUUGUUAUUUUUGAGCUGCAGAGAAACUUAAUACUCCAUCACCUACUACUUUCUCUCCACCAGGUCUCCUCUCCCUCAGUUCAGAACAACAAGGUGGCGGCAGCAACCCCUCUGCAGGUGCUAAGAGUCCCUCAAGGGGAGCAGGAGGUCCAAUGCACCUGCAAGCAGGCUUUACCCCAACAGACGAAGCUCCCGCAGUGAUUAUCCGUGUAGAAGGAGAAGACCACUCACUUGUCAGCUCCGAAGCAUGGUGUAGACAAUUGCCCGAACUGAUUCUAGGGUUCUUGAAAGAACACCUCUUGCCAUGGGAAUAUCCGAAUCAACCAGGAGGCUUUGCCAUGGAGGCGCUUUUUAGAGGCGGCUAAUUCAAUGGAUAAACAUAAAGGGAGUGCGGGUACUAGGCGGCUAGGUCAAUGGAUAGAGGGAGUAUAGGAAGGAUCUCGCGACUGGGUGUCGAGGAGACUGAAUUUGAAUGUUGAGCAGAAGGUAUAGUAAUAGUUUGAUUGCCGUAUCAUGUACAGCUAGGCAAGACCAUGAGAAUCGGAAUCACGGCAAGAGAUGAAUCGAGACCGCUACGCGACUGGUAGUUAGAAUCAAACUCAAAAGCAAAGCAAGCUAAAAAGCCGGAAACUCUAAAACAAUGACAAUACUCAGUUCUUCCUUGAUGUUGAUGCUUCUAGCGGUACAGUAUUGGAGAUGAGUUCUAGGUGUUGUUCUUGCGUCGAUGCAAUUCUUUCCUUUCUCAGUGAUCG